CUCACCCAGGCCACAUAGUACCAAUUUUCACUGUUUCUAGAAUCAAGGAGCCAAUUGCUCCUCUUGCUCUUUCGCUGCGUUAAGAAAGAAACAAACAAACAAACAAAAGCUCCAAACAAUCUCCAAACCCCAAAGCUCUCUCUCUCUCUCUCUCUCUCUCCUAAUUCAUCAUCGUCCAAUCGAUUUCCGGUUGCUCAGUGCAGAUUAAAAUUAACUACUCAAAAUGGGAAGCAAAGGUCGAAUACCACCUCCUCAUCUAAGGCGUCCUCUUCCAGGCCCUGCAAUGGCACAUCCAGAGCCAUAUGGUCAUGGCAUACAUCCUCCACCAGGUGGCUUUCCACCUUUUGAUAUGAUACCUCCCCCCGAAGUUAUGGAACAGAAGUUAGCAGCACAACACAUGGAGAUGCAGAGACUUAUCAUAGAGAACCAAAGGCUUGCUGCCACCCAUGUGGCCUUGAGACAAGAACUUGCUGCUGCACAGCAUGAGCUGCAGAUAAUGCACGCUCAAAUAGGAGCUGUAAAGGAUGAGAGAGAACAACAGAUGAGGAGCCAUAUGGACAAGAUUGCCAAGAUGGAAGCUGAACUGCAAUCAGCAGAGCCUGUUAAGUUAGAGUUACAGCAGGCACGAGCAGAGUCCCAGGGCUUGGUUGUAGCAAGGCAGGAACUUCUUGCUAGACAUCAGCAAUUGUCUCUAGAUCUUCAGAGGGCUCACUCAGAUAUUCAGCAGAUUCCUGCUCUUGUUUCAGAACUUGAGAGCCUCAGACGGGAAUAUCAGCACUGUAGGGCAACUUAUGACUAUGAGAAAAAAUUGUACAAUGACCACCUUGAGUCGCUUCAGCUGAUGGAGCAAAACUACAUUACCAUGUCCAAGGAACUGGAGAAGCUUCGAGCAGAGUUAUCGAAUAGUGCUAACACUGAUAGAAGAACUGGUGGUCCGUAUGGUGGCACACCUGGUAAAAAUGAGAAUGAGGCUUCUGGGAAUCCUGUUGGACAAAAUACUUAUGAAGAUGGCUAUAAUAUUCCCCAGGGACGUGGCCCUCCUGCUAGUGUUGGUGUUGUUGCUACAGCAGCUACUGCUGCCGCAGGCACUCCUGCUUAUGUUGGAGCUCAAUCUGGGCAUGCCCCUGCAAGGCCAGGUUAUGAUGUACCAAGAGGAGCUGGAUAUGAUCCAUCUGGAGGGCCUAUCUAUGAUGCCCAAAGGGGACCUAGUUACGAUACUCAGAGAGGACUUGGUUAUGAUAUGCAGAGAGUGCCUAAUUAUAAUGCACAGAGAGGAGCCAACUAUGAUGCACAGAGAGGGGCUAUUUAUGAUGCACAGAGAGGACCUAUUUAUGACGCAUCCAGGGGUGCUAGCUAUGAUGCACAGUCCAGAGGUGCUGCUGGGCCUCAUGGACAUGUGGCACCUCCAAACAAUGUGCCUUAUGGGUCUGCAACACCCCCUGCCCGUGGUACAAGUGCAUACGAUGCACCACCUCGAGGUGGAAACCCUGUUAGGAGAUGAAUGUGAGGCAUUGCAGUAAUAUUGACGGCAUUUUUUUGAGAAAAAGUUAGUGAUUGUAUCUGAUUUUCACCAUAUUUGAUAGCAUUAAUCUUCCAAAUUUAUGCAUUUUUUUAUACCA